AUGUCUGCGGAGCCGGAUCACACCCACGAGAAGAAGAGGGUUCACCUCCAGGAUGCCUCUGGCGCCGAGAAGAAGGAGGAGCUCGACACUUCUACUGCCAUCCUCAAGAAGAAGAAGAAGCCCAACUCAUUGAUCGUGACCGAUGCCGUUAACGAUGAUAACUCGGUUAUCGCUCUUUCCAACAACACCAUGGAAACCCUUCAACUCUUCCGCGGUGAUACUGUUCUGGUUAAGGGCAAGAAGCGCAAGGACACCGUGCUGAUUGUUCUCGCCGACGAUGACCUCGAUGAUGGAUCUGCUCGUAUUAAUCGUGUUGUGCGCCAUAACCUCCGUGUCAAGCACGGUGAUAUUAUCACUGUUCACCCUUGCCCCGAUAUUAAAUAUGCUAAGCGCAUUGCCGUCCUGCCCAUUGCCGAUACCAUCGAGGGUCUGACCGGUUCGCUCUUCGAUGUCUACCUUGCCCCCUACUUCCGCGAGGCCUACCGCCCAGUACGCCAGGGUGACCUGUUCACAGUACGAGGUGGCAUGAGACAAGUAGAGUUCAAGGUAGUAGAGGUCGACCCGCCAGAGUAUGGCAUUGUCGCACAAGACACAAUUAUCCACUGUGAGGGCGAGCCGAUCCAACGAGAGGAUGAGGAGGGUAAUUUGAACGAGGUGGGCUAUGACGAUAUCGGUGGAUGCCGGAAACAGAUGGCUCAGAUUCGUGAACUGGUCGAGUUACCUCUCCGUCACCCCCAAUUGUUCAAGUCCAUUGGUAUCAAGCCUCCUCGUGGUAUCCUGAUGUACGGUCCUCCGGGUACCGGUAAGACCUUGAUGGCUCGUGCCGUUGCCAACGAGACUGGUGCUUUCUUCUUCCUCAUCAACGGUCCCGAGAUUAUGUCCAAGAUGGCCGGUGAAUCCGAGUCCAACCUCCGCAAGGCCUUCGAGGAGGCCGAGAAGAACUCUCCCGCCAUCAUUUUCAUUGAUGAAAUUGAUUCAAUCGCCCCCAAGCGUGAGAAGACCAACGGUGAGGUUGAGCGCCGUGUUGUCUCCCAGCUGCUCACUCUCAUGGACGGCAUGAAGGCCCGCUCCAACGUUGUGGUUAUGGCCGCCACCAACCGCCCCAACUCCAUUGACCCUGCUCUCCGUCGUUUCGGCCGUUUCGAUCGUGAGGUUGACAUUGGAAUUCCUGACCCCACUGGCCGUCUGGAAAUUAUGCAGAUCCACACCAAGAACAUGAAGCUGGGUGAGGAUGUCGACCUGGAGACCAUCGCCGCCGAAACUCACGGUUACGUCGGCUCUGAUCUGGCCUCUUUGUGUUCCGAGGCUGCCAUGCAGCAGAUUCGUGAGAAGAUGGAUCUGAUUGAUCUCGAUGAGGACACCAUCGAUGCUGAGGUCCUUGACUCCCUUGGUGUUACCAUGGAGAACUUCCGCUACGCCCUGGGCGUUUCCAAUCCCUCUGCUCUUCGCGAGGUCGCCGUUGUCGAGGUUCCCAACGUCCGAUGGGACGACAUUGGUGGCUUGGAGGAGGUCAAGCGCGAGCUUAUCGAGAGCGUCCAAUACCCCGUGGAUCACCCCGAAAAGUUCCAGAAGUUUGGUCUCUCGCCUUCUCGGGGUGUGCUCUUCUACGGUCCUCCUGGUACUGGUAAGACCAUGUUGGCCAAGGCUGUCGCCAACGAGUGUGCUGCCAACUUCAUCUCUGUCAAGGGUCCUGAGCUUCUGAGCAUGUGGUUCGGUGAGUCGGAGAGCAACAUCCGCGAUAUCUUCGACAAGGCUCGUGCGGCUGCUCCCUGCGUUGUCUUCCUUGAUGAGUUGGACUCCAUCGCCAAGUCCCGCGGUGGUUCCGUUGGUGAUGCCGGCGGCGCCUCCGACCGUGUUGUCAACCAGCUCCUGACUGAGAUGGACGGUAUGACCUCCAAGAAGAAUGUUUUCGUCAUUGGUGCUACCAACCGGCCUGAGCAGCUGGAUGCCGCCCUGGUCCGUCCCGGUCGUCUCGACACUCUGGUUUACGUUCCUCUGCCCGAUCAGGAGUCUCGUGAGGGUAUCCUCAAGGCUCAGCUCCGUAAGACUCCUGUCGCCUCGGAUGUCGACCUGUCCUUCAUUGCCAGCAAGACUCACGGCUUCUCCGGUGCCGAUCUUGGCUUCGUGACCCAGCGUGCUGUUAAGCUCGCCAUCAAGGAGGCCAUUUCUGCCGACAUCGAGCGCACCAAGGCCCGUGAGGCUGCCGGUGAGGAUGUUACCAUGGGCGACGAUGACGUCGAGGAGGAAGACCCCGUUCCCGAGCUCACUCGUGCCCACUUCGAGGAGGCCAUGAAGUCUGCCCGCCGCUCGGUUAGCGAUGUCGAGAUCCGCCGCUACGAGGCCUUCGCGCAGAGCCUGAAGAACUCUGGAGGCAGCAGUUUCUUCCGCUUCCCCUCGUCCGGCGAGAUCCCGAACGACACGUUCGGCGAAGCCGGCAAUGAUGACAGCCUCUAUGAUUAA